AUGGCGUCGGUGCUGCUGGACCUGGUGCACUUGACAACCUGGGCCGUGUGUGCCGUGAUCAAGCUGCCGCAGCUGGUGGCGGUGCUGAGGGCCGGCUCGGCGUCGGGACUCAGCCUGAGCAGCCUCCUCAUGGAGCUGGCCGGCCACAUUGUGUUUCUGAGGUACCAGAUCUACUAUGGUUACCCUCUGAAGACAUACCUGGAGUAUCCCAUCAUCAUUACACAAGAUGUCAUUCUCAUUUACUGUAUUAUGCAUUUCAGUGGAAAUGCGAAACGCGCUUUGGUCUAUGCACUCAUAUAUUGGGGGGGCUGGUACAUUCUAACACUGGAGAAGUGGAUAAUAGACCUGGCUAUGAAUGUGUGCACGUUCAUCAGUGCAGCUAGUAAGCUGGUUCAGCUGCAGCAUCUCUGGCAGACCAAAGAUUCCGGACAAAUGAGCACCCUGACCUGGGGAAUGUCUGUAUACACUUCUUCAGCAAGAAUUAUUACAACUGUAAUGACUACAAAUGAUCUUGCAGUUCUCAUCCGUUUCAUAAUCAUGCUCAUUCUCAAUAUUUGGGUCACAGCUACAAUCCUGCACUACAGGAAGACUAAAAAGACUGGUUAGAAGACACUCAUCAGUACAUAUAUCAUUACCAUGAAAAAAAUAUAUAAUUAAGCCUAAAGAAUUUAAGAAUUCCUCAAAGACUGAGGAAGCUGUCUUUCUCUAAUAUUUGCCCUUUAGCAUAUUUCUAAGUAUUUACAGUACUUACAGACUUACAAUGUAGUACAUUCAUGAUUAUUUUCUCUUAGAAAUAAUUCUGAUAAGAUAUUUAAUUUAAGCAGCAUAUUUUUAUUGGUCAUUUCAGACAAGUUUCACUGAUACCACAUUUUCUCUGGAUUCUUUUUACUACAAGGUAUUUCAUAAUUAGAUGUAUAUAUACUCUGGUUUCACUUCAUUACUUUCUGGUUACAUAUAAGCAAUUUUCUUCAUAUACAUGAUCAAUUUUGCACCAACAUACUGACUCGUCCUUCUGCUGCAAGACUGAAAAACCACAACAGAUGUUUGUCUUCUUCUUGCAAGCAACUCAAGUUAGUUCAGCAUUAACUGUCUGUAUUUUAGGAUGAAGAAAAUCUGAGUCAAGGCCCAAUCCAGAACAAGAUUCUAAAUGUCUUUUACUAUGUCACAAAUCCAGUUGGGAUUGUAGCACUUACAUGCAACACUUAAAUAGUACAAUUUAUACAGCUGAUACAGGAUACCCACAGUCACUUUCCUCAGUAUACCCAGUAUAUAUCGGCUAAGAGCAAAAACUCAACUAUGAAUUCUUUUUCAACCUGAGCUCACAUUCACUGAACAUACUGUUUUGGGAACAGUAGGGACUAGAAUGUAUGGGAAUUAAUGAAACUGUAACCAACAGUUAAAAAUGCUGUUCAAGCAGAAGUUCCUGGAACCAUAUCCAGAAUUCCCAAACACCAUCCUUACUGACAGUGAUGUGCACCUUCAUGCAUCUCAGCAGACUGAUCUCCCAUCUUGUCAGGUUUUGGUGAUACUGCUCUGUGGUUCAUGAGGUUUUGGCCUGUCAGUGCUAAGUGUGUUGAAGAACACAGACUUAAACUUUUACUUCAGAAAUUCUAAUCAAUUUGUUGUACUUGAGUAAAAAGGGGGAAAGGAUAUUCUUGACAACAGGGGAUUUUGGAAGUACUGCCUUCACAACCAAAAGUUACAUUAGUAUUCAUAUCGCUUGCCUUCAUUUCUCAUUACAUUCCCCAAAAUUAAAAGAUACAUUUCAAAAGAGUUCUUACAGUAUUCUGUUGAUUCCAUGUAAAAAACCAAGGCACCCUUGAUCCCAACACCCUUGAAAAAUAUGGGAAGACUGCAUUGACUACAUUUGAGGCAGGUUUUCUUCAGAACAUUCUAAAUUGUGUGACUGCUGUGGAGCAAAGGGAUCUGCAAAAGCAGAUGGUUCUUCCAGUGUGCACGCAGCAGUUGGAGCAGGGCCUUCUCCAUCAGAAAACAGCUGCUUCAUACUCUGAAUUUUAGUGGGAAGGGCUGGGAAGAGACGUGUCUGUGGUCAUUGCUUUCAUGUAUCCCACAUUAUUGAGAGCAAGUCAAAGAUAAGCUUUUUUUUUUACUGCUCCAAUAAAAUACAUCAAUCCUUCUGUGUUGGUUAAAAGAUUAAUUGUAAACAUUCUGAUUUUAUUAAAGCUGUGUAAAGUAUCUGAAGUGGUGUAAAUGGUGGCAAGUGUCAUAUGUUACAUUUUCAGGUGAUAUUAAUAAAUGCUAUUCUUAAAAAUUGAUAGUGUCAUUCUUACAGUUAAUUUUCAUUGCAUUUGAGUUUUUAUUGUUGCCAUAUAUGAAGAGAAAAUGAAAUAUUCAUUACAAGUCAUAAAUGGGCAGCUUUCACCUUAACAUUUGAAGCAUCAGGCUGAAUAUUGACCUGCCAAAUGCUAACAAGCUCCAGCAUCUUAAAAUGAAAAAAACACACCUGCUUUUUAAUUAAAGCCUUUUCUUGAUAGAGAAGGAUUUGUGUGGAAUCCAAACCCUCUCUGUUAUUGACAUAUUUCAUUUUCCUGAGGGAUGCUGUAGCAAAACGAAGCUGCUCCAUUUUUGGUUUGAGAAUCAGCACCUCAAGUUGUUUUUUUAUCAUAAAAUACAGAAAAUGCAUUUAGGAACAGUUCUUAAUAGGUUACUUAAUGCAUUUUGAAUAAAUCACCUUAGAAACCUGUGGGAAAAAAAGACCGAGGAAAACAAACAAAGCUGGGUACUUAAUGAACUUAAGGUAAAGUAAUUUUGUGGACUUGGAAAGCUGGACCAUGAGUUCUCAUUCAAACUGCAAGAGAUAUGGAACAAAUCAUAAAGUAGCAGUAAAUAAUUUUAAACACUUUUCCCCUUCUCAGUAACUUCUUUCACUUUCAUAAACAGAGGCACAUUCAAGUUCCAGGCAAGCCCCACAAAAGUGCAGACCCUGUGUUUUUCAGGAGGUAAAGAAUAAUCUUCUCAGUGGCUGGAUUAAAGGCAACAGCUUUAGACAAAUACAUAGACAGGAUAAACCUUGUUAAACUCAUCAUUCACCAGUACCAGGGUGGACACAAGGAGCUUGUUUGAUGUGUAAUGCAGCAGCGGGGCAAAAGCAAGAGGGGAAAGCAUCUUGGAUUUAUGGCAGAAGGUAUAAGCAAAUAAGCAGCUCUUACCCACAGGGCUGGAGGUAAUCCAACUCCAUUCACAGAUGCUGUACAAGUGUGGAAUUAGACACUCGGUGUCUAAUUGUACCAGUUCACAACAUGCUCUACAAGGUAACGCAGUCUGGCUGACAAAGUGUGGGUCUUGUUGGGGCUUUCAAAAACUGUGAGUGUCCUUGUCUGUGAAAAGACAAGAUCUGAAUUCGAGUAGAGUCCACUGAAUAACCCCAAAUACACCUCCAGCAGUGGAUAUGAUGAACUGUGACUGGAUUUGGCAACAGGUAAGCUAGAAGCUCACUACAGCUAUAUGAGAGAAAAAAACAUUUACCAUGAGAUUUACUAUUGAAAGAAUGAGGAUGUGAGUCCAGAGACAGCAGGCUGCAGGACAGUGAAGAUGUGGACACUGGAAGAUGUGUAUAGUUUAUUUUUUCUGGCCUGUCCUCAGUGAACAGAAUAUUGAUCACAAAUGCAAAACCAUCCUCUCCCCACGCUAUGGGUCUCCCUAACACUGGGCUUUCUGUGCAAAGUGGACUCAGAUGUCUUUCCUCAUGCUGCUCCAAUCCAGCAAGGGAUGCUAUUGCUUGGACUACUCAGGAGUCCCUGUCCCUGCCUGACUCCUGAGCCUCUGUCAGCCUUACACUGUGCACAUGGCUGCUGUGGAUGCUAGCUCUGCUCUGAUCUACUGCAACAGGAGAGAAAGGAGUGGGGUGGGGAGGCAGCGACACCCCCCAACCGCUCCAGAUCUAGAGCUGGAUUUUAGUACAGUUUGACCCUGGAGAAAGUAAUUCAGGAUUAGCUGAAUGGCCCCAGUUUUAUAGAACACCUUCACUCACUUCUUUAAAUGAGGUAAAAUUACUCUUCCUCCACCAAUCAUUAUCCAUUUAGUCACAUAUGUAAUAGGGGGAAAAUAAAAAAAAAAAGGAAGUAACAGCUGAGUUCACUCAAGGAACUAUUAUAAAUUAAAAGCUCCACAGAUGUGGAGAUAACUAAAAUGAGGUAGUUUCCCAGUCAUGCAUUUUUCCUGAUGAUGAAUAAUGACUUCCCUACAAAUUCUCUUCAGGCUGUUUUUUUCACUCUCUUCCAAAUUCUUCCAUACUUGAAAUUCAUAUUUAUGUAUGAAGCGGAACAUCAAAUGUCACCUUCAUCACUAAUAAUGGUUCAAGGAUGUCUCAUUUUUUCAAGGUGAAGAAGAUGAAAAAAAUCUUAAAAUAGGAUGUUAUAAAAUUCUUGGUUUGUACUGAAUUUAACUGCUUAAUUUUGAGCCAGUGUUCUCCAGGACACUUCAGAGUUCUCCAUGAUGACAGCUGUUGAAGUCAAACAGAUGCCUGGGAGCUACAGUGAUCAUCACUGUAGGAAUCUGAUAGAUCAUCACUUGUGAUGGAUCCAAUUGCAAGACCUUGCCAGCCCCGCAGACCUGAGUCCCAAUGGACCUCAGGUGUUUCCUGCCUAAUGGCAAGACAGAUAUACAGACAUUUUAAAUUUAAAGGUGUCAGCUAUUCCAUUUUACAUUGGCAGUAGUUUGGGGCAAACAUCUCUGUCUUGGAAAAAAAUCCAAUCUUUGGGCCGGGGUAAAAUAAGAGACUUUUUACAUCAUAGUUUUGAUGAAAUUUAAUUUGGGAUACCUGAAGGACAGUUUAAGUAAUUGUCACAAUUUUGUUCACACCCUGUUUUGUUUCCUUAUUUCAUCUUAGCACUGUCUUAAAUUGUCAGAAGCCUAAACAGGUACUUCAGUGCAUUAUAUGGUAUCGCUGACUCACAUGGAGGGAGCUUUAAGAGGCCAGACACUUUGUUUUAUCUGUCAAGUAUUCUGGAAAAUGAUGUAAAGGACAGAACCUGCACCAGCCUAAAAUGUGACAAGUUAAAUUGGCUAAUGAUGAUUCUGAUUCAAACUGAGUAGUAACAUGGCUCUAUGCUGAAAAUCAAUUCUAUUUACCACUUUAUGAUAAUUACAAGUUAUUUGUGCACACACCUGCUCUGGAAUGUACAAGAUUUCUGCUUUGGAAUGUGCAGGCUUUGGCCAGCAGUACCAAGAUUCAUACUAUAUGAAAAUCAUAAAUGGAAGAACACACAUCCUAUGCCUCAGUGUUGCCUCUGUUAUGUAAAUCACGACUCUUUAACGAAGCACUGAGUUUCUGUAAAGCAUAUUUUAAAUAAUUACUGGUGAGAAAUUAUUUCACCUUCAAACAGCUGACUAUAUACAGAUUAUGUAUACAGAGUAGUCUGACUUUCAAGAGUCUGAUUUGUGAGAUUUUAAUUUAUUUUUCCAUGAAAUGCACUGUCAGAACAACUCAUGGACUCUCUGAGCUCAAAGGUAUUUUCCUCUCUCAGCAUUGCUAGUUUAAGUUAGCACAAAUGCCCACCUUCCAGCAAUACAAUUUGCCUUGCUGUAGCUCAGAGCAGGCAGGGGAGCCUCCCCGCCAUGGCUCCUGAUUGGACUAAAGGCUACACAGGUCCUACUGAAUCUCAGUGGUCCCCAGGACACAGGGAUUGUAAUAUGCUGGAAAACAUCACACAGACACAUGAGACCAUGGAAUCCAGCAAGCAGAUUCAAGUCCUGAAGUUGCAGCCUGACCUGCACCCAGCUGCAAGACCUGCUCCAAGAGCCCACUGGGAAAUGGAACAGUUGAGGUCAGAGACAGCGCAAAGUGAGCUAAUAUAAAACAGGGCUCAGAUGGUGGGGUACCCAGCUCCUUCAGUCUUACAAAGAUUAAGGGAUUUCGUAUUUCAGGUAACUCCAAAAAAAGUUUCUACCAGUUCACUUAUUAAUAAAAAGUCACACAUAUUGAAGGCAAUUCAGUGGCCAAAGUCUAAGCAGUUGGCGAUCCAAAGGAAAAGAGGACUGGCCAUGAUCUCACAAGCCUGGUGUACUUCUCCCUGGAUAGCCAUGCUUACUAAGUGGUGCAAGAGCGUCCUGGGCAAAAAACACCCCAAACAGCAAUGCCAAAUUCCCAGAACUACAUGACAUGAGGCCCACAUCUCUGAACAAACACUGAAAGCCUAGACCUUAAAAUAGGGUGGUAGGACCGAAGCAUUCCAUGCAGUUGUCUUGGCUGUGAAAGCAUUUCUGUGCAGCUCCUCCAACAACUAAAGGUUGCAGGGACAUGACAUUACUGGACUCUGCCCUUUCUUUUCAGGGUGAUGAUGUGUCUUUCCAGAGUUCUUUUAAGAGAUCAGGACUACGUACACUUAUAACUGAAAUUUUGUGACCUUUCAUCAUGACUUUCAUCUUGAAAGAUCACUUUAAUCUUGCAGCUUCUACAAGAUCAUUGGAGCAAAAGCAGCUGCAGUCAAAUGCUUCACCUUUGCAAUACCAAGUAGAAGAGUGGCUUCCUUACCUUCAUAAAACACUGCCUCCUGCCUACAAAGUGGCAAAUAUUCUGAACACAAAUUUUCAUUUAUAAGAACUGGUAAUUAGAAUAAUUAUUUUCUCUACAUCCCCACUUUGUGGAGCUAUGUUUCUACAGUUACAGCUUUUCCAUUCAUUGCAGUAGUUUCUGGGGAGAACUGGGCUGGAUGUAUUUUGAGUGUUCUCUGCCACACACAUUUCAGUAGACUUGUCUAAUUUUUCAGAUGAGAAUGUCUGAGUAUGUACAUACACCUGUCCACUUUUUAGGCAACUACAACAUGGAACACAAAUUGUAGUUUCAGAACCACUCCAUCAACAUUCUUUAUUGAGAUUGAAAAGAAGACUCCUCCCCACCCUCAUGAGGGGUACUUCAAAGCAGCAGGCAAACCCUAUGAUCCUUGGGAUUCUGAUAGAACCUUAAAUGAUUCAGAAGAUAAUCUUAAAAAAUAAGAAAUAAUGUUUUCAAUGUAAAGUAUAUUAUGUGCAGAGAUAAUAAUUUGUAAAAAACUGUAAUGCACUGAAAAAAGCACCAAGCCUGUCAGAGGUCAAGGAGUGUCAAGAUCACACUUUCAGUCAUAUGGUUUAGUUUUAGGUAGUUCUGUGAGGAGCAGACAGUUGGACUUGAUCCUUAAAAGUACCUUCCAACUUGAUAUAUUCUAUUACAUGAAAAAAUAAAUUAAUCAUUAUUUUAACAUGAAUGUCAAAGCAAACUAUCCAGGAAUGUGGAAGAGACUGAAAUACUCCACUGAACUGGACCUUGUACAGUUUGUUCUUCUGCCUCAAAAACAGAGUAAGGAGGUGAUUAAGGGUUUGUAAGAGCAAUGCAGGUAAGAAGUUUGCUUUCAUGUAAGUUCUCCCUUUUCACAGCAGCAUCCCAAAUAUAACCUCACAAGCACAGGAUGGGUAAAGGCACUUGGGACCAAAACAUAUAGACCUCUUCCAAGGAUGAAUUUCUCAAAGCUAGAUGGGAAAAUAAUACAUUGUAAGAUUACAAACAGAAAUGCUCAAAUUCCUAAUGACCAUUAGAAACCAAAAAGAAACUAAAGAGAAAAAGCACUUAAUUUCAAUGGCAGCUUCCGUGGCCUUGAUGCCUUCAGAGAGCCACUGAAUGCCUGGCAAAAUUUAGGAGGUUCAGUGUUUUCAAGAGGCACUAAGAGAUUUAGACACUUGCAGUGAAAUUUCAGUGUUUUUUUAAAUUUAGCCCCUGUCACUAAUAAGAUCCUUGAGCCUCCUGCAUGUUUCCAAGUCCUACAUCAUGCUGUGAGUCUAUGUCAUGUGUUUGGUUACAGCAUCGGCUGUGCUCAGAAGCACAAGAACCACCAUAGCUUUCCUCUAGUUAAAAGCAGACGUGGUGCUGGAUUGCUGGCAGUGCUGGGAGGGGCUGCACUUCCGCAGGGACCACAAGAGGUCCCUCGGGAAUUGCAGCACACAGCUAGGACAGAAGUGGAUGUCUCACUGCAGAAAGGUGCAGAAAGGUCUGGCACCUGACAAGAUAAUUCCAAUGGGGUCUGCCUUUCCUGUUCAGGUGAGCUCUUGGAUUUGAAACUUAUGAGGAAGUUGCCUUGAGCUUCUGGCUCCAAGUUUGUCCCCUGGUUUUUCCAGAUUAAUCUGCUGGCUAUGCCAUUUGUUUACUCUUGGUAAGACAAAAGGACUUGCAAUAAGAGAAUUUUCUAUAGGUAAGUCGUUCAGGCCAUAAAAAUGUCCUGUUUGCUUAGGACAAGCCUGUACAAAAAGUGUUAAAAGGUCACCACUAGACAAUAAGGAAACAACACAAUCUCCAGGAACUAACAUUAAAGAGGUGUUUGCAUUUCACAGCUGGAUAAGGGAGAAGAAGAGAACAGCAGUUUUGCCUUUUGUGUCCUGGGUAUAAAGUGAGGUUUGUGCACCUCAGACCACUGGCCUUGAGGCACCUGUGCUAAGUUUGCUCUGCUCUGAGGCAGAGGGCAGAGCACAGGACCCCCUGUGCUCCCCCUCAGCCCGUGUUGCUCCACGACACCAUCUCAGUACAGCCUGCUGUAUGUACAGCUAAUGACCAUUUGUACAAGCACGGAAUUUAUAAACUGUGGCUAGCAAAUACUCUAACAUAGUACAUUUCCUAAAAUGUCAGGCUUAGCAGGGCCCUGUGGAUUCACAGAAAAUGAGGGCAAGCCAGGGAGAGAAAGUGCAAAGGAUCCAGCCCCAGCAGUGGAGGAGCUGCAAAACGGCUCCCUUGGAGUCUGCGCUUCCUCUGCACACAGGCUUUGCUGGGCUGCCUUUGGAGCAGCCCUUGCCUUUCCCAUAUCUGCUGCAGUAGUUAUCUUUUUAUUUAAAUAUUUCCAUUUAAAACCAGCUUCUCAAGUUCAGGAACUAUUUUACCUUACUCAAAUAGUUUAUUUAAAAAUAUAUAUAUAUAUAUAUAUAAUAUUCUCCAAUUCAGAAAAGGAUAGAACUUCCCGCAAUGUAACAUUUUUUUUUAUAUAUAUAUAAAAUAUUUAUGCAUUCAGUGAAUGGAAACAGUUUUACUGUAUACAUUUUUAAUGUUGUACUCUAUGCAAAUCUGCAUUAUCUAAAAAUAUACCGUACUUCUGUAAAUCAAAACAAGCAAGGAAAAACCACUGUAGCUGUGCUCUGGGUUAUAAUACCUAAGAGAAAUUAUAUGAAAGUUUUAGUUUUGAAUUUAAGAACUCACAAACAACAUUUUACUUUGUGAGUGCAUAAAUAGAAGACUGAAUACAUUCUUGCUUUGUUAAGCUGAACUGUAGCAGAGGUUACAAAAUGUAAAUAUAUUUAUUAAUUUUCAGUAUUUCAGUGUUUCCAAGUCCACCUUUCAUGAUAGUGUUAAAUAAAACAUGGUCCUAUCCUUCCAAACAUUUCAACAC